UAAUAAAUAAAUAAGAAUUAUUUUAAAAGGUUUUAUAUUAUUAUUUUUACAUUGAUGAGUAUAUAUAGUGUAAAGAAGGUAUAAAAUUUGAUUAUUAGUUUGAAAUAUAUCAAUACGAAUACAAUUUGAUUUAAAAAAAUGAAUUUGGUCAUCACUUUAGUCACAUUUUUAAUAUCUUUCUUGUAUGAAUCCUGUGGAUUAGAUAAACAAAGAGAAUGCUCUAUUUGUUUUAAUGAAUUUAAGGGCCUUGUUUUGAUAACUAAUUGUCAACACGUAUAUUGUUAUGGUUGUCUUAAAAAUUGGAGAAAAAGAAAUUCAAGUUGUCCUAAAUGCCGAGAGGAAAUUUAUAAACUAAGUGAUUUAUCUUUAAACAAAAUUUAUCAGUACACAAAACCGAUCGGUGCGGAAGACAUGAUCGAUUCAUGGAAAAAACCGAAAAUUCAUCCUGGUUUAACAAGAGAAGAGGAAUUGCUUUUAUUAAAAUUAUCAAUUAGCAGGCCUUCUCGUUAUAUUCACAUAUUUAAGGAAAUGGUAGCUCGUUAUUUAUUUCUUAUACCAAAUCACUAUGCCGACAAGCAGCUAUUAAUUGAUAUUGGUACUAUAAUUUAUAAUUUUAAUGAUAUACUUCCGGGACUUCAUCAAUGGACAAUAAAUGUAAAAACACCUCACGAAGAAGAUUUAGUUAGACGUUGUUCUUUUAGAAUGAAUUUAACUGAAACAGAAAGUACAAUUUUAAGAGAAUAUUAUCUCCGGCAUAAUCUUGAUCCCGAUGAACAAUUUGAAAUACGAAAAGAAUUCGUCAGGUCAAUAGACUUUGUUUAUGCACCUCGCAGUGGCCAGUAGGUUAGAAGAACACAACCUUUUAAAACUUAUACAAUUGUGUAUGUGUACAAUAUUCCAGUUUAGAUUAUUGAUGAUUUUUCUUAAUAAUAUUUGUAUUCUAAAAUUUUUUAAGUAAAAAAAUUACUAUCCAAUCAGUAUUUUUUGAGUGAUUCUGUUAUCAUGAACCACUUAUAUAAUCAAAAUAUAAUAAUAUUAUUAAAAAUUCUUUUUUUUUGUUCAUUGUAGUUACAUUUGAUUUUGAAAAUGAAUAAGCGAAAUUAAAAUCGAUGUAAUUGCACUAAAUAUAAA